GCCAACGAAUGAUCACCAAGGAGGGACAGCGAGAAAGCCAAGGAGAAGGGCACAAGCACACCAAGGUGAUGAGAGCCAGCAGCUGCAGCAUCCCAUGGGUGUUAUCAGAGUGUGCUCAGACUGCAACACCUCCAAUACCCCCUUGUGGAGGAGUGGUCCUUGUGGCCCCAAGUCUCUUUGCAACGCAUGCGGCAUACGCCAAAGGAAGGCUCGCCGCGCCAUGGCUGCAGCGGCGGCCACUGCCGCCACCAACGAUGGGGUGGCGUCUGCUUCCAGUGGCGGUGUGGCGGUGGGGGCCGUGCAGGCAAGCGACGCAUCACAAGCGGUGAAGGCAACAAAGAAGGAGAAGAGGGCUGCGGAACUUGACCGGUCGCUGCCGUUCAAGAAGAGGUGCAAGAUGGUUGAUCAUCCUACCGUUACCACCACCAAGGCCGUGGCUGUCGAUGCCACUUUGAAGGAUCAAGAUCACGUUGUCGCCGAGAACGGCGCCAUGGUGGAGAGACUGAGCAAAGCCGAUCCGCCAGCAGCAUUCACUCACGCCUUCAUGCGCGACGAGAUCACCGAUGCCGCCAUGCUGCUCAUGACCCUAUCGUGCGGUCUUGUUCGCAGCUAGUACUAGCUAGCUAGCUAGCUAGUAGACACUAGACACUGAUGAAUGCAACUUGAUUUGCAUAUCAUGAGUUAUUAGUCUUGUUAUAUUUUCUGUAUCUUGCGAUCUUGUUGUUUUGUGUUGAGGAGUUC